AGUAAAUAAAGAUUCGUCAUUCGUCAGUCCAACGUUCUCGUUCUCGUAAGAGAUUAAAUUAUUAACAUAUAUGAACAUCUAAAAGAAGUUUUUCUCUUGCCAAGAAUAACAACUAAUGCUGAUUUGAUUUGUGAUUUGAAUUGAUAAAUCGCCAUAACCGAAUUCUUAUCCUAUCCUAAUCAGCACUUGUGUUGUACAAUCUUUCAAUUUUGUGAAUGCAGUAAAAUUUGAUAGCAAUCACACAAUGGCGCAACAAUUCUUUGCACAACUGAUGGGGCUUGGUGAAAGUAAAGAAUUGAAUCAAGAAUUGGAACUCUUUCCAACUGAAGAGCGUGAAAUUCUCAAAGAUAACUUCACAAAGCUGUCUGGUGGCAGUAAGAAAAUUGAUCGCCAAACUUUACAAAAUGCUGUUAAACAAAUACUUCCUAAACCAGAAGCAGAUAUUUUUGCUCAGAGAAUAUGUGACCUAAUGACAGGUCAAAUAGCAACAAAUAACACUGUUACAAUUGAGGGUUACAUCCAUUGUGCAGCUGUAAUGAACAAAGGAAUGUUGGAAGAUAAAGCAACCCAACUUAUGUAUUUGGCAAAGGGGAGAAAAGGGGACACUACAUUUGAAGAAUGUUUUAAUUUUUCAAUUCAAAUAAUUCGACUCACUUUUGAAAUAAUUCGUCAUCUUCCGGCAUUUCGCUCUUGGGAUGGACAUUAUAUCUGCAAUUUGGAAGAGGAUUCUGUGAAGCGUUUGGCGACGGCCAUCAUGAAUGAAUUAGAAAAAUCUGAUUCAGAAAGCAUUGACAAUCAAGCAGUUAGCGCGUGGCUUUCAAAGAGCGGCUUAUUGAUUGAGUUUUUCGGUAUGAUGUCACAUCAUAUUUUCCAGUUUCCUAUGACUAAAGGAAAGUCUUUAAUUCCCCUCUGUCGAGGUAUUCCCGCCCAAGUAUAUCCUUCGUGGUUAUCGCUUUCAGAUAUUCUUUUUAUUAACUGUGCUUUACCAAGUGAAUUGCGAAGUGAAUGGAGGUUUUUGUUUUCUAGCCGCAUACACGGCGAAAGUUUUUCAAGCCUCAUGGGUAACAUCAUCGAUAAAGGACCGUCUGUCGUUUUUAUUAAAGACUUUGAUGGGAAUAUUUUUGGCGGGUUUGCUUCUACAAGUUGGACUGUGGGUCCGCAAUUUAAAGGCACAAAGGACAAUUUUGUGUUCUCAUUAGCACCACAAAUGGCUAUAUAUAAUACAACAGGAUUCAACGAUCACUACCAGUACUUAAACCUACAACAACAAACUUUUCCCAAUGGAAUGGGAAUGGGCGGUCAACUGGACUAUUUUGCCAUCUGGGUUGAUUCGGAAUAUGGAAAAGGGAAGUGUUCACCCAGUUGUACGACAUUUAGCUGCCAUCAGCUGUCCGGUAAACCAGAGUUUUCCAUCGAUAUGAUUGAAGUGUGGGCCGUUGGUCCAGAACCAACUGAAGACGAAGAUGAAACGGAGGCACGGCCAAGCAUUUUGGACGUAGACGUAGAGGGUAAAGCCAUGCUAAGAAUGUUGAAUCGUGGACCAGUUUCAGAAGGAAUGCGAGAAAACCCAACAUCUGAUGAUCCCGAAGAGAAAGAGCUGUAUGUGUCAUCGGUCUCAUCUCAAUAACUCGUCACCGAUGAGUUUUAGAUCCAUUCCAUUUCUUAGUCAAAACAAUUUAUUGCUCCGUUGUCUUUGAAGAUAAUAAAGCCAAAAUAUAAUUAUUAGAAUAUGCA